AUGAAGUUCCUCGCCAUUGCUGCUGGCCUCGUCGCCUCCGUCUCUGCCUACACCUACCCUACUCCCUUCAACCCAACUGCCAGCGGCGCCGGUCCCAGCGGUAAUCCUCUCUACACUCCCGACACCACCCACCCCGUGACCUUGGAUGCACCCUACCAGAUCACCUGGGACCCUACUACCCCCGGUCCUGUUGCCUUGGUUCUCUGCAAGGGCCCCUCGACCAACUGCGAGCCCAUCUUGACCAUUGCUGAUCAGGUCCCCAACUCUGGUGAAUUCACCUGGACACCCUCCGGCCUCGAACCCUCCGCCACUUCCGCUGGCGGAUACGGAAUCAUGCUCAUCGACUACGCCACCGAGGCCUACCAGUAUACCACUCAGUUCGGUGUUCUUGCUGGCAGCGCCCCCGUCGUCGUUUCCUCCGCUGCUGCUUCCUCCGCUGCUCCUACCUCUGUUGCUCCCUCUUCCACCACCACCGUCACCAUCCUCCCCAGCAGCAGCGCCGUCGUCAAGCCCACUUCCUUGAGCACCGUUGUUGACUACUCCGUCAGCACCACCACCAUCUGCCCUGAGAGCACCAAGAUUCCUCACGGAACUGGCACCGCCUCCAUCCCCUGGAUCACCAGCACCGGCGUCCCCAGCGUGCCCACCUCUGUUCCCAGCACCGUCCCCGCUGCCCCCAAGUACACUGGUGCCGCUGACCGCAACAUGGUCAGCUUCGGUGCCGUCGGUGCUAUUGCCGGUCUCGCCGCUCUUUUGGCUUUUUAA